CUUUCUCGCCAGCAUCCCGCAUAUAAGCCCUGGUGUCUCGGCCUCUCCUCCGCGUCGCCGCCCCGCUUCUCGCUCUGAGCAUCCCUCGACCGGAUCCAAGUUGCUCCCCUCCCACGACCACCUGCCCACCCGUCUCCCACCCCGUCUCCCACCACCCCGCCAACCAUGAUCCUGGGAAAGAGCACCGUCUGCGCCAUCGGCGCCCUCGCCCUUAGCGGCCUCGCCCUUGCGGCUCCUGCUGCCCACCCCGACUCUCAGGCCGUCGCCUUUGCCGGAAACGUCGCCGGCAGCAACGUCGUGGCCCUGCACCCCCGCAACGGCCGUGCCAUUGUCAAGCCCGCAAUUCACCUCAUGCAGAACGAUGAGACCGAAGAGAACGACGAUGAGACCGAAGAGAACGACGAUGAGACUGAGGAGAACGAUGAUGAGACUGAGGAGAACGAUGAUGAGACUGAGGAGAAUGACGAUGAGACUGAGGAGAACGACGACGAAACCGAGGAGAAUGACGAUGAGACUGAGGAGAACGACGAUGAGACCGAAGAGAAUGACGAUGAGACCGAGGAGAACGAUGAUGAGACUGAGGACAGCACUCAGGAAGACUCGGCCACCCAUGUCUUCGCUGCCUCGGGCCCCUCCAGCGCCUCGGCCUCCAGCUCCUCGAGCCCCUCUUCCUCUACCCCCAACAACACCGUCCUGAUUGCCGGUGCCGGUGGCCUGCUCGCCGUUGCUGCCGUCGUCGCCGGCUUUGUCGGUGUCCGUCGCUCUCGUGCCAAGUACAACAACCUCGAUAAGGAUGGCUCUGACUCGGCUACCCGCGACAGCGUCAAGAACAGCCGACGACAGAACUGGUCGCUCAAGGACUCGUCCUCCAAGCCCGUCGUCGAUAUCUCCCACGAGGCCACCAUCCCUGGCUCUUCCCCUGGUGCCCGCGUUGGCCGCCACACCGCCUUCUCGGACGAAAUGGCUGCCCAGUCUGGCAAGGGCCACGCCAAGCAGCCUUCUCUCCAGGCCUUCAACAACCUCGCCGAUGGUCACCAGGUCUACUCGGCAUAAGUCAUCCCCGCUCAGGUACCUUUCCCGUUCUCGUCCGGUAUGCUAGUUGACAACCUCCGGCAACUCUCCCCUCCCCAAAUCCCCGCUGUCGAUUCCUUCCCUUCCUUAUUUUCGUCCUGCUUGUCCCAUCGCCCUCUAACUAACCCCUUUCGACCACCAACGCCGCCUGUCCCCCCCCUCGCUGCCUCAUUGCAAUAAUAAAGAGAGGUGAUGUAAAUAGGAGGCAUCCAUGACAAUAUGCGGAUGCUGGUGUGGAAGAACCCCGAUUCUCUCCCCCUCCUUUCCUUUCCCCCCCCCAACCCUGAAUGUCGACUUUUGAAUAUCUCCAAUAUAUACUUCUUUUCAAAGGAUAUUGACUGUUGCCUGCCAACAAUGGGUGCGGGU